GCGGGUGGUGACGUGUGGCGUCUGGGAGCUGUCCCAGGAAUCAUGGUGCUGAAGCUGCAGCACCAAUUCAGCAGCCAAUGAUCGCAGGACAAUCCGGGGCUGUGCACGGAUGCUUUCACCCGGAGCAGGACGGUCCGACGAUCGUGUUGGGAUUUUAACCGAGGGACGUAAACCCACCGGCUUCUUCCCGGCACAUGGGGGGGGGGGGGUUCCAUAAUUGGGCUCGUAAGCUUCACGUAGACCUGCCAGCGACCCGCAGUCUGGCUGGAUACCCGCGUGCAAAAAAAAUAAAUAAUAAUAAUAAUCCCGAAACUGUGAGUCGUAUAGAAAACGGUGCAGCUCGCCAGCUGUUGCAGUUGUUCAACUUAAUGGCUUCAGACACUUGUUUGCGUCGAUGGGAUUUAUUUGCCUUUCGGAUUUACCUCCUCGUGGGAAGACGAUAAAAGUCGUUCAGUUAGAACAUACGGAAACUGAGAGGGUACUUUGAGCCACGCCGCCCCCCCCACGACGACGACGGUGAGGACGUGUCGGCUCAUGACCGGGACACAUUCGCCGCACGCUGUUUCCCUCCAGCACCUGUGCGCGGCUCCGUGAGCUCCUGGCCGGGGCCAGCCCGGUGCCGCGCGGCCGGGGCAUGCUGAAGAGCCGCUGCUGCGUCCUGCUCGGUGACCUGCGGGGGCUCCUGCUCGGGCCGCCGGCGCCGCCGAGCGCCAUGAGCGGCCAGACUACGGAAAGCCGCGAGGCGGGCGUCGCCGUCCCCGACAACAACAACACGCCGACGCGGAGCCAGCAGCGCGCCGGGGACCGGACCGCCUCGCCCGCGGCAGGGGCCACGGGGCCACCGGGCGGAGGGCGACCGGCGACGGGGGUCUGGGUGGACGCCGCAGAGCUGUCGGCGGCCCUGCGCGGCUGCAGCGGCUCCUCCGACGACUGCUCGAAGGGCAAGCUGGAGGAGAGGUUCUCCCUCACCAGCUGCACGGAGAGCGGCUUCAGGACGCCGGUGUGCAGGAUCUGCUUCCAGGGACCAGAACAUGGGGAGCUCCUGAGCCCAUGUCGGUGCUGCGGGUCGGUGCGCUGCACACACCAGCCCUGCCUCAUCAAGUGGAUCAGUGAGAGAGGGUCCUGGGCCUGUGAGCUCUGCUACUACAAAUAUCAGGUCAUCGCCAUCAGCACCAAGAACCCGCUACAGUGGCAGGCCAUCUCGCUCACAGUCAUAGAGAAAGUGCAGAUAGCAGCAGCCAUCCUGGGCUCCCUGUUCCUGAUGGCCAGCAUCUCCUGGCUGGUGUGGUCGUCUUUCAGCCCGUCGGCCCGAUGGCAGCGACAAGAUCUGCUCUUUCAGAUCUGCUACGGCAUGUAUGGCUUCAUGGAUGUUGUGUGCAUCGCACUAAUUGUCCACGAGGGACCGUCAGUGUUCCGUAUCUUCCACCGCUGGCAGGCCGUGAACCAGCAGUGGAAAGUCCUGAAUUACGACAAGUCUAUGGACAGCGAUGACCUGAAGAACACAACUGUGGACAGGACUCUGUCCCAGCCCAGUCAGGGUUUUCAGACUGGGGUGGGAGUGUCCAAUUCCAACUCCUCGCUGAUGGUGGUAGCCUCCACAGCCGCCGACUCCACUUCUUCAAGCGUGGUGAUGGCCGCAGGAGGACUGGGAACACACGUGGACCCCACCACCGGCAGCGCAGUGCCUGACCAACACUGUCCCUACAGCAUCCUCCACCUCCUCAGUCAACUGAGGCAGCCGGAGGCCCGCAGCCAACCUAGCAACAGCACACGAGAGCUGGUCAUGCGAGUCACCACAGUCUGAGGAUUAGGUCAAGGCCUUAGAGCACAUGGAGGUGAAAGAUUUAUGAACUGGCUGACAGUUGAAAAAAAAAAAAGAAGUGUUAUUUUAACUGCACUGGAUUAAUACCAUUGUUCUUGUUUGUUUCAAAAUGCAUCUCCGAUGUCCUUACGUGGAUUGAAUAAAAGUCAAAGUUGUUUGAUUUUCA